AUAGCGAGUGGCAUUUCUCUCAGUAUUGAACGCGUCACUAAAGAAGAUGAAGGGGUGUACUUCUGUGGAGAGACUGGAAAGAAAACUCUGGACUUCUCUACUGCUACAUUCUUAGCGGUCACAGGUAACGGGCAGUUAAACACCUCAGUGCUCCAAACUGCAGUACGGUGGUCAGUUUCUCCAGGAGAGUCGGUCACUCUGCAGUGCAGGGUCCUCUCUGAGAUCAGAGCAGCAGAUCUCCGAGUGCUCUGGUUCAGAGCUGCUGCAGGACAAUCCUUUCCUGAAAUCAUUUACACUCAUCAGAACAGCAGCAGCCGUCAGUGUGAGAUCAGCUCUUCUACAAGCUGCUCUCUGUAUGAGUUCUCUAAGAACAUCCUCGACCAGCACCAUACUGGAACUUACUACUGCGCUGUGGCGGUUUGUGGGAAGAUCAUCUUUGGCAAUGGAACAUCAGUACAACUGAAAGAUCCUGUAGAUCAUGUAAUGCUGACUCUGGCAGUUUUCUCAGCAGUGUGUGUGGCUGUAAUCUGCACUCAAACCAUUUUAAUCCAUAAACUGAGAAAAUCUGAACACUGUGCUGGUGAGAGAGUUCACCAGGGGGCUGUGGGUGAGUGGACCACCAGACAGGAACAGAACACUGAGAACCUGCAUUACGCUGCCAUCCACAUCAAAGAGAACAAAGCCAAAGGUGGGAGAGUGAAGAGAGAACAGCCUGAAGACGUUGUUUACUCUCACGUGAGAAGCUCCAAUGCUGCUGCUCAGCGCUCACAUCGCUAAUUUCCUAAGAUGAUCAUGAGUGAACGUUUGGACCUUUUCACACCAAAUUAAGAAUUCAAAUUCAAAUUAAGACGUGAGAACUCAGCAGAUAUGAGCUUCAUUCACUGCAGUGUAGUAAAACAUUGAGAUUGACCAGCAAUAUAUUAUUAAAUUAAGGCCUAAAUAUAGUCUUAUGAAAAAGUUCUGGCUUUAUGGAUUUUCAAAGUGAGAAUAAGAAGUAGAACAUUUUCUAUAGAGAAUCACACGUCUCUCAUUUUAAAGCACAGUUACUGUUCAUUUGUUAAAAUAAACACAUUGAGGAAACAAUAUGUGAUCUGUGCUAAUAUGAAGGUACAUUUUAUGUUUUUUUUAAUUUAUUUGGGGACCUCUCUGGUCUAAUUAUACACAGUUCGUACCGUUCACUGUGAAAUGGUGAGUCUUUGUCUCCUAUUCUCUCUGGUGGAUUUAUUAACUUAUUUUCACUUUGGAAAUCAACAUUCAGGUGGAUUGUGGGUAGGUUGAGGAUGUGCUCAUCCUUCAGAACCUGUAAAGAACUAAGACUUUAUAUGAAUGGCUGAUAUUUGUGGGGCUGAAUUCCAGUAAAGAGAAUUGAAUUGUGUAAUAAUGAAUGUCUGUGUUUGAAAUGAAAAACACUGCAUUGAAGAAAAGCUACGUUAGAUGAGAGUCAG